CUGUACACCUGCCGAGUUUUUUGUUUACAAUAUUUUAAACAGAAAGUUGUGAAUGAAAAUUAUCUUUUUAUUUGAUUUUAUUAAUUACAUAUUUCUCAUAUGAAUGUUCUGUGUUCGUAAUUAUCUUACCACGAGAUUUAUGUACAGAUUUGCAGUUUAUUAUGGAACCAGUCAACAACAAUCAGUUUGAAGUAAUACCAGAUUUAAAUAAAAGGAAGAUCACAGCUCCAUCACAGAAUGUGUACCUCAACCCAGCAUUGGAUCUUCUUGCCAAUGAAGAUCCCAUGUGCAAUAAUGCGAUGGAAAUUGUUCCCAUAAAAAAACGCAAACGAGCAAGAAGCUGUGACAUAACCGCAUUUGAGAAUACUGCCCUUGAUUUGGGCAUAAGUAAAGCAGCGGUCAAUGAGUUUUUAGUUAGAGAACUGAACAACGUAAAAAAUAAUUUAAGAAUGCAAUCAAUGGAUAUUAAUGAUAGACCUAGUUUAUCAUUACCAAACACAUCCAUAGAUAAACCGGAAGACAUUAAUAUGGAGCCUAUGCAUUCAGAACCAAUUUAUGCUAAUAUUAACACCAAGCCUCUUUCCACAGACACAAUUAACAAUACCACAGAUAGUACUCGAAUGUUUGAAAUCGAAGAAAAUUCCAAAUCGGAUUUUUCCAAUAGAGAUUCUGGUAUUUCAGUUUUAGAACCAAAGAACGUAACCAACACCGAUAUAUCCAGUGUAAUGAAUCUAUCAAAUAUAACUAAUAUUGAAAGUACUGUAACAAGCCAAACAUGUAGUAACAAUACUAACAACAUUAGUCUAAGUUUUAUAGAUCAUUUGGCUUUAGACUCACCGAGUGUUUCAAAUCAAUCACUUUACUUAGAUGACGAUUUGAAUGAAAGCAAUAUAAUGGAAAUUAAAACUAUAACAAUUAUAACAAAGAAGAAACGUAUACACACAUCGAACAAUACCAACCCGUUUCUUGUUCCUAACUUCAACACAGGAAGCUAUGUACCAAGUAGCAAUCCUUUCUUCGAUAACAUUCAACCAGGAAUCGACUAUACCAACGAGAAUCUUAAUAUACCAACACAAGAAAGUAAUUUAUUACCGAGGAAAUUAUUCAGUGAUACCAAUAGUACAGUUUCGACUGAAUCAGGAUUCAAUAUAGAAGGAAAUGAAUAUGAAAAAGUCGAUAAUUACAGAGCAGAAAGUCCAGUUUACGAAAAUAUAGACGAGACAUACAACAAACAAAGCAAGAUAUUGGGAUGCAACGUUUCACGAUUCAGUGCUGAUGAUAUAAUGAACAUUAAUAAAACCAGCCAAUCAAACAAUGAUUUGAACGCAAGAAAAGACAUAAAACACCAGUUAAUGAAAGUGAAAAAUAAAUUAUCGAAAAAAGUUUUUAAAUCGUUGAAAAAAACAUUCAGAACCGAGAAGGUUGAUAGGACAUCGAAUCCUUAUGAGGUGCCGAGGAAAAUGAAACAAAAAACUGAGGUGCCCGGUAUAGAGAAUCCGGCCCUGCGUUUGGACAACUCUGAUGAAAUUGAAAUAGAAGAUGUCGAUGAACAUGAAUAUGAAAGUGUAAAAACGCUUAGGAACACUCAAUUAAAUAUGAAUCUCACUCCACUGAGAGAGAAAAAUGAAUGUAAUCUCUCACAUAACAAAACAUACACUCCCGGUAAAAAAGUGCGUUUCGACUCAACUUUAAAUCAAGAGAAAGUGAUCACCGGCAACAGUUUUGAUGGGGACAUCCAGAGUCCAGGGUUCGACGUCAAGAUAGACAAGUAUCAUGAUGAACUGGAGAAUUGUAUUAAUGAAAAGAAAUUCUUGCAACAAAAUAUGUGAUGUUACAUAAGACUGAAUUAUGGAAUAAGUCAUCUUCCUUUCAUCAUCAGCAGCUUAGGUCGAAUAAAACACAAUCUAUCCUUAUGUUUGACCUGAAGUUGUUUAUAAAUUAUACUUGCACUUCUUUCUGUCUACCCCAUAGACCGUAACUUCAUAUUAGCCCAAAAGACAUGUCACUGGUACACUUCGUAACAAGCAAAGCGACCAAGUCGGCGGUUUUUAAGGUAGCACGUACUUAACACUUUAAUCUGUUAUGUUUAGCGCCAGUAACCACUUAACAGCAGAUAGCUGUGUACUCAUGCUCUCAUAAAAAUAAAAUAUUAUAUGCAAAUUAAAAUCUUUACCUAGUAGGUAACUAAAAUUAAAAUACAGUAGAUUGUGGGGAAUAGAGACUAGAGUUAGAAUAGGGACAAAUCUGGGACGUCACAAUACUUUUGUUGAGUUUUUUAGAUUAAACUUUGUUGAACUGAAAAAUACUUUUAUUUUAUUUUAUUUAAGUUAAAUAGUUUUAGUCAUCAAAGUUUUAUAACUCAUUAAAGAUAUUAAACAGUUAAAUGCAUAAAGUUAGGUAUCUACCAACCUAACAACUAAAUAGUUCCAGCCCUAUCGAAAAACUAUUGUCCCUAUAUCUAACCUGAUUCACCCCAAAGCCAAGGUGAAUCGGGUCAAGCUAGUUUUUGUGUAUAUUUUGUAAUGAACGAUGUAUAAUAAUAACGCAUCGUAUAUAAAAAUUUAAGCCUCCGGAACCAUUUUAAUCUCAAUUUUAUUGGUAUUAUUACCCUAAGAAAAACCAUAGAAAAUUUGUGUUGGAUUUGGAAAGGGUCCCGAUUCCCCCCAAUCUACGGUAUAGAUUUUUAUUAUCUCGGUGGUGCAGUAAUUAGCGCCCCUGACUGUUGCGCCCAGGGUCGUGGUUUCGAUUCUCACAUCGGGCAAACAUGCGUGUAAUAAACAGCUUUGUUUGUUCUUUAUUUGGCUGUGUAUUAUCUAUAUAAUGUAUAUAUUUAAAUGUAUACAAGGCUGUAUGUCAGUAUCUGGUAACCAUAAUACAUGGAAUCCUAAUUUGGGGCUGGAUGACCGUGAUCUGUUUCUAGUUUUUAUUUAUUUAUUAUUUAUUAUAGAUUGUAGGUUUUUUUUUACAAAUAAUAUAUUAUGACCUUUCACGGAUGCAAUCUCUGUUACUCCGGUCUCCAGAUAUCUCAUUGUCUUAACAGGAAUUUCUCUAUACGCUUUCUAUUUGGAAAAUAAAGCUGUAAGCUUCCCAGGGUUGGCACCGGUUUGAAUAAUUAAUAUUUGCUGUUCGUUUUCGUUCUUUACAUUACCUUUGAGUUUCGGUAACAGCGUAACAUCGUGUAGACAUAUUAUAUACUGUACUGUAUAAGCAGUAAAUAAAAAAAUCUAACAUUUCAAAUCAUAAUUAUAAUUGCUUCAUGGUUUAAUCUCGCGUUUAUUAUUUUUAAUUUAUUAUUCUCAAGUACCCAAUUCUAAACGUCGAAUUAUAUUAUAUCCGAAACAUUUGUAACUUUUUUAUACAUUUAGGAUUUAAACAAUACCUUGUAACUAGGUACCUAUCUAGUACCUUGAAAGCUUCAAGUAAGAAUUUGUCUUAGGGGUCAAUAUUUAGAUCUCGUGAACCCCAAAAUGAAUUCUCGUAUAUGUCGAUGGGAAACCUGUUGGUAUCGAUGGAACCUGGGAUCACUUUGGGAAUCCCUACCGAAAGCGGUACACGGACCCCUGUCUCGUACUUUAAGAUCUAACUUCAUAAACUUCUAAGUUAAAUUCUGCUAUUUUCUUUUUCUUUGUAAUUUAUAAGUAUUCUUUAUAAAUUAAGUUUAAGUACAAGAAUAGAUCUCAUAAAACUGAAGUAAACCCACCAAAAAACAAAAGCCAAAAUUAAUGUUCUGUGAAGAAUUCUCGACCUAUUCUUAAAUUUUAAGUUAACAACAUAUUUAAAUACGUAAUACGAAUUUUUUCAAUAAAUUAUUUUUAAUGGGUGUUGUACCUAAUAAGUUAUUUAAUAUUCAAUAAAUUUACCAAUAAAUCGAUAACAGGAAUUACGAA